CAAGGAAAUAAAGCAUGCAGAAAGUAGUAUUCAAAGGCUUUUGCUUACGCACCUAGCUGUUUCUCAUGCAUAUCGUAUCUCUUCCCAACUAGAGUUGCACAUUUAAAUUGCUACAACACACUUGUUUUCAUGCUCAUCCUUUUUCCUUACUACUUUCUUUUCUUUUCUUUUUUCUUUCUUUCAUUGCUGAGAGCUACACGAGAAUUUGUGAUCAAUGGAGGUUUUGGGUGAUGGAGGGGUGUGGAAUAUUAUAAUUGUUAGGAGGGUGGUGAUGUACAUGUUGUUGAUGGUGCAAUAUUGCUCAUAUGGAGUGUUGGGAUUACAGUUUAGGUCGAUGUAUGUGUUUGGGGAUUCAUUGGUGGAUGAUGGCAACAACAACUUCCUUGACUCCAUUGCUAAAUCAAACUAUUAUCCUUAUGGCUGUGAUUUCCCCAGAGGCCCUACCGGUCGAUUCUCUAAUGGAAAAACAUUUGUUGAUUUUCUUGGAGAGAAGUUGGGUAUCCCUGCACCUCCACCAUAUGCAGAUCCCACCACAACUGGACCUAGAAUUGUUGGGGGAGUCAAUUAUGCUUCUGCAGCUGCUGGCAUCCUUGAUGAAACUGGACAACACUAUGGAUAUCGGUAUAGCCUAAGCCAGCAGGUGAUAAACUUUGAGACCACAUUGAGCCAACUAAGAACAAUGAUGAGCGGAACCAACCUGACACAAUACUUGUCCACUUCCUUAGCGGUUAUGGUUUUUGGAAGCAAUGACUACAUUAACUACUACCUCUUGCCUUCCCUCUACCCUUCCACCGUCACUUACACUCCUUCCGCCUUCGCCAACCUUCUCCUUAAUCACUAUGCUCGUCAAAUUCAGGCAUUGUAUAGUGUGGGACUAAGGAAAUUUUUUAUAGCAGGAAUUGGACCACUUGGUUGCAUCCCUAACCAGUUGGCCACAGGGCAGGCAUUGCCUGGAAGAUGUGUUGACUAUGUAAAUCAGAUUCUCGGUAGCUUCAAUGAAGGGCUUAGAUCGCUAGUCACUAUAUUCAACAAUGGCACCACCCAUCCUGGUGCCAUUUUUGUCUAUGGCAAUACUUAUGGCAUUUUUGGUGACAUCCUCAAUAACCAUGCUGCCUAUGGGUUCAAUGUUGUGGAUAGGGCAUGUUGUGGAAUAGGGAGGAACCAGGGACAGAUAACGUGUCUACCCUUUGCAGUCCCAUGUUCAAACAGGAGUCAAUAUGUCUUUUGGGAUGCUUUUCAUCCAACGCAAUCUGCCGCUGCAAUCCUUGCUCAAAGGGCCUAUUCUGGUCCGCCAAAUGAUUGCUAUCCUAUCAAUGUUCAACAAAUGACUCUGUUUAAUUGUUGAUUUCUUUAUAGUUGUAACUCUAUAUGAAUGCAGAUCUUGCAUUCGAGUUUGCAUGACAGUGCUGUUAAAA